UACAGUACAACCUCAUCACAACUAUCCGGGUCUUCUACUCCCGCCGCCAUAUGCAGAUGCCGCACAUUCUGACGGCUCGAUGACUUUACGUUCAGCCUUCUCGCCUACCUAGCACCCCUGUUAUUACCAUAUAACCUGCCACUUCUCACGUCUGUCUACCCCUCGAUUGCUCGAUUGCGAGGUCGAGUAUCAAAUACACAUCCACGUUGUUGAGUCGCAAACUAGAUCGCAAUACAUGGGCAUUUGCGCGUCUUGCCUGGGUCGGGGUGGCCGGGACAGCCACGACUCUGAAUCAUCACGGUUGCUUGACGAUGACCUGUACCAGUCAGGCUAUGGGUACGGCGCUGUUGGAUCUGCCCAUCGCCAGGGACCCGACCCAGAAUCCUUGAAACGCGAACGAGAAGCCCUAGAGGCAAUAUGCCAACGCACAUCGGAUUCCGUGAUUGAUAUCUGGGCCUUGCAAAGCCCCCACCCGCCCAGACCUGCGCCUUCGUCGAUACAUACGACCACCGCAUCUUCAUCGCGAGCAGCGAGCCACCAGACCGCAACAUCAUCAACAACGGAAGAGCCUCAAUCUCCAGCACAAGAGCAGAAAACUGAAAGCCAAGCAGAUAGCAUUAGACGAGCUGCGUCACCAGCUCCGGGAGAAUUUGGGAAACUGCGCUAUGCGCCACUACCACCAACAAAUGACGUCAACCUCUCAAAUGUACCGAAACAAUGGGGAGAAGUUGUUAUGACGGCGAGGAGGGGUAAAAAGACCAGGCUUGGUAUAAAUACUGAGAACGGAAAAGACGAAUCCAAGGAUAUAUUUGCGGUUUUGGUUAUCGAUUGAACAGCCAGCUGAAAGGCGAAAUCCAUGUACGGACAAACAAGGAGCUGGAUGGAGCUAACAGGCGGAUACUAUAUUCAUCGAUUGAAACAACAUCACCCAUCAAGCAAAAGCCCGCUCAGAACCUCCCCUUACUCGGUCCAUGAAAGCGUGCUCGGACUCGAUUGCCGGAUCUCCGUCACCAACGACAGCACGCUCUGCUCGAAUAUCCUGGGAACCAAUUUUAUGUUCUUUCAAGAAGAAAAUCCCUCUAUGGUUGAUAUACAAAUGUUCCGACAUAACUCCUAACUGGACCUGAAACCGAUAUCCGCUCGAAGCUUAUUCUUGUCUUCCCCUCUAGAACGCGAGCGUCACAUUUUUUCCCCUGCCUACUACACAUUCCGUGUCCCAAAGGCUAUUUGAAUUGCACCGCAUCUUCUUGGCUGGCCAAAGCCUUCAUUUUAUCCCCAUUUCCUUUUUUAAAUUCUUUUUCCGGGUGAUAUUCCCAUUCGUUUUGUCUUAUUAAGCUGUCAACAUUUCAGUCACGCACAUAUAUCCGUUCGCAUUGUCCUCCAUGCGACAACCAAAUAUCCUUAUACAACCACAUCAGCUUCCUUUCUUUGCAUCCUAUUUACACAAAAUCCACCGCUUGUGAGUGGUAGUACUUCAUUAAAAGGGAUGGGGAAGAACCCCCCCCCCCCCCCCCCCUUUUUCUUUUUUUUUUUUUUUUCCCUCUAUUAAAUAUUUUUUUUUUUUUCCUUUAUUGUGGCUUGUGUUGUUGAUUGAACUCCAGUCUAAAAGAAUAGGGCUAGACAAAAAGGAGCCAAGGCUAAGUAUACUGAGAAAAAGACAGGAGUGGCAGUGUUUGGUUCGGCUAUAUUUAUAUCCUUUAUCUCUUCAUUCCCUUCUUAUAUUUUCUUUUCUGUUCAAAAUCUCUGUGGGCUGUCUCCCGAUCUCAUAUCUUAAUCAUAUAUCUUCUCAUUUCCUUAAUCUCCUUACAUUGUUGCAUUCUAUUGUAUAUUUACGAGUUCAAAUAUUUUAAAAGCAGAAUAAAAUAUGGGGCGAUAUAUCAGACAAGUCAUGCUCCAUUCAAUAUUUUGUUCUGACUCUGGAUAUCACAACACCUUGUCAUGUUAUGUGUAGGAUGACAGAUUAAAGUAGCUGGAUGAAAUAUUUAAUGAAUUAAUUACGUUUGUUAAGCCUGG